GCCGGGCGGUGGCGCUGAGAGGAGAGCGGGCGUAGGGCGCGGGCUGACCAGACGCACGGACCAUGGCCUCCAAAUGUCCCAAGUGCGACAAGACCGUGUACUUUGCGGAGAAGGUGAGCUCCUUGGGCAAGGAUUGGCACAAGUUCUGCCUCAAGUGUGAGCGCUGCUCUAAGACGCUGACACCGGGGGGCCAUGCAGAGCACGAUGGGAAGCCUUUCUGCCACAAGCCCUGCUAUGCCACGCUGUUUGGACCCAAAGGUGUGAACAUUGGUGGUGCAGGCUCCUACAUCUAUGAGAAGCCCGUUUCUGAGGGUGCACCAGUCACCGGCCCCAUCGAGGCCCCUGCAGCCCGUGCUGAGGAACGAAAGGCCAGUGGCCCCCCAAGGGGGCCCAGCAGAGCCUCCAGUGUGACCACAUUCACUGGGGAGCCCAACCUGUGUCCUCGCUGCAACAAGAGGGUCUACUUUGCUGAGAAGGUGACAUCUCUGGGCAAGGACUGGCACCGGCCAUGCCUGCGUUGUGAGCGCUGUGCUAAGACUUUGACACCAGGGGGUCAUGCAGAGCACGAUGGCCAGCCCUACUGCCACAAGCCCUGUUAUGGAAUCCUCUUUGGACCCAAGGGAGUGAAUACUGGGGCUGUGGGCAGCUACAUCUAUGACAGAGACCCCGAAGGCACCGUUCAGCCCUAGGUCUCCGCCUUCUGUGGGCUGGGACCCAUCUGCCUCCAGCUGGCCCUGCCUGGACCCCUUGCCUGACUCUGUGGGGGACAGUAACCUGCUGCCUAGCCCUGCCUUAGUACAGCUCACCUGCCAGGAGGAGGCAGGGACCAUCCACAGAGCUGCCCAAGCCCAGCCCAUACCCUGGUGUGUCCCCCAUCCCAGGGCCUUGUGUAUCCCCACACCCCCUUGUGUGUCUGCCUGUUUUGUGUAUUCCCCUGCCCCAGUAUUCUCUGUGUCUUGUGUGUCCCAUGACCUCGAUGGCUUUAUGAGGUGGCUUUCCUGUCCUCCUCCCGCGCCUAUACUUGCCCACCAGUAUUAUUUAUGCUGCAGCUUGCCGGUGAUGGCCACGUGCUCACAGCAUCUCUCUGGCUGGGGUCACCCCUCUCUUUGGCCCCCAUGCCGUCCCCCUGUCACAUAGCUCACACUUCAUCCUAAGACUUGCAGUUAAUAAAGGUUUGGGGAUCACAGGA